GGGCGUGGACUUAUGAAGUCAGUUCCGGUUGGUGUAAAACCCCCGGGGCGGCGGCGAACGGGCUUCAGAUGCUGCUGGGUCGCGGUGGUAACAGCGUGCAGUCUGCGUGUGAGUCUGAGAGCCGUGCGCUAGAGAGACCCGGCGAGGGAUGACCGCCACCGGGACCGCCACAGCCGCGGCCACGGGCAGGCUCCUGGUUCUGCUACUGGUCGGACUCGCUACGCCCGUCGCGGCGCUGGCCGGCUAUGUCGAGGCUCUUGCGGCCAAUGCUGGAACAGGAUUUGCUGUUGCUGAGCCUCAGAUCGCAAUGUUUUGUGGGAAGUUAAAUAUGCACGUGAACAUCCAGACUGGGAAAUGGGAACCUGACCCAACAGGUACCAAAACCUGCUUUGGAACAAAAGAAGAAGUUCUCCAGUACUGUCAGGAGAUGUAUCCAGAGCUACAGAUCACCAAUGUGAUGGAAGCAAACCAGCCAGUCAGUGUAGAUAAUUGGUGCCGAAGGGACAAAAAGCAAUGCAAGAGUCACAUUGUCAUACCUUUCAAGUGUCUUGUGGGUGAAUUUGUAAGUGAUGUUCUGCUAGUUCCAGAAAAGUGCCAGUUUUUCCACAAAGAGCGGAUGGAGGUGUGUGAGAAUCACCAGCACUGGCACACCGUAGUGAAAGAGGCAUGUCUGACUCAGGGGAUGACCUUGUACAGCUACGGCAUGCUGCUUCCCUGUGGGGUGGACCAGUUCCAUGGCACUGAGUAUGUGUGCUGCCCCCAGACAAAGAUCAUUGAAUCGACUGUGUCAAAAGAAGAGGAAGAGGAGGAGGAAGAUGAAGAGGAAGACUACGAGAUUUAUAAAAGUGAAUUUCCUACCGAAGCAGAUCUGGAAGACUUCACAGAAGCAGCUGUGGACGAGGAGGAGGAGGAGGAAGGAGAGGAAGUGGUGGAAGACCGUGAUUACUACUACGACACCUUUAGAGGGGAUGACUACAAUGAGGAGAACCCAACUGAGCCCAGCAGCCAGAGAGCUAUCUCAGACAAGGAGAUCACUCACGAUGUUAAAGCUGUCUGCUCCCAGGAGGCGAUGACGGGGCCCUGCCGGGCUGUGAUGCCUCGUUGGUACUUCGACCUCUCCAAGGGAAAGUGCGUGCGCUUUAUAUAUGGCGGCUGCGGCGGCAACAGGAACAAUUUUGAGUCUGAGGAUUAUUGUAUGGCUGUGUGUAAAACGAUGAUUCCCCCAACUCCUCUGCCAACCAAUGAUGUUGAUGUGUAUUUCGAGACCUCUGCGGAUGAUAAUGAGCACGCCCGCUUCCAGAAGGCUAAGGAGCAGCUGGAAAUUCGGCACCGAAACCGAAUGGAUAGGGUAAAGAAGGAAUGGGAAGAGGCAGAGCUUCAAGCUAAGAAUCUCCCCAAAGCAGAGAGACAGACUCUCAUUCAGCACUUCCAAGCUAUGGUUAAAGCUUUAGAGAAGGAAGCAGCCAGUGAGAAGCAGCAGCUUGUGGAAACCCACCUGGCUCGAGUGGAAGCCAUGCUGAAUGACCGGCGUCGGAUGGCUCUGGAGAAUUACCUGGCCGCCCUGCAGUCAGACCCACCGAGGCCUCAUCGCAUUCUCCAGGCCUUGCGGCGUUACGUCCGUGCUGAGAACAAAGAUCGCCUGCAUACCAUCCGUCAUUACCAGCAUGUGUUGGCCGUUGACCCAGAAAAGGCGGCUCAGAUGAAAUCCCAGGUGAUGACACAUCUCCAUGUGAUUGAAGAAAGAAGGAACCAAAGUCUCUCUCUGCUCUACAAAGUACCCUAUGUAGCCCAAGAAAUUCAAGAGGAAAUUGAUGAGCUCCUCCAGGAGCAGCGCGCGGACAUGGACCAGUUCACCACCUCCAUCUCGGAGACCCCCGUGGACGUCCGGGUCAGCUCUGAGGAGAGUGAGGAGAUCCCGCUGUUCCACCCCUUCCCGUCCUUAUCUGAGAACGAAGACACUCAGCCGGAGUUGAACCACCCAAUGAGAAAAGGAUCUGGAGUGGGAGAGCAGGACAGACUGAUCGGUGCUGAAGAGAAAGUGAUUAACAGUAAGAAUAAAGUGGAUGAAAACAUGGUCAUCGAUGAGACUCUGGAUGUUAAGGAAAUGAUUUUCAAUGCCGAGAGGGUUGGCGGCCUUGAGGAGCCGGAAUCCGUGGGGCCUCUACGGGAGGACUUUAGUCUGAGCAGCAGCGCCCUCAUUGGCCUUCUGGUCAUUGCAGUGGCCAUUGCCACGGUCACAGUCAUCAGCCUGGUGCUGCUGAGGAAGAGGCAGUACGGCACCAUCAGCCACGGGAUCGUGGAGGUUGACCCAAUGCUCACCCCAGAGGAGCGUCACCUGAACAAGAUGCAAAACCACGGCUAUGAAAACCCAACCUACAAAUACCUGGAACAGAUGCAGAUCUAAGCGGCAGGUGUGCCUGGCGCCCGGCUGGAGCAGGGCGGUGCAGGUGGCCAGAAGAGGCCCGGCGAUUUGGAUUAACUACUGACCAGCAGUUGCUGCCAGAGGGUUUCAUCUUACACCCUGACCUCCUGGAUUGUUAAGACUAUAAAGUACUACUGUAGAAUUGCAAUCUCCAUUCUUUUAAAUGGGUGAAAAAUGUUAAUAUAACGAUAUAUGAUAUAUAAACCUUAAAUGAGAAAAUGAUCUAUUGCAGAUAUUUGAUGUAGUUUUCUUUUUUAAGUUAAUCAGAAAUCCCACUUCUGUUGUAUUGUCUCACACAUACUCUCUGUGUAAAUGGGCAAUGUUGAUUUUC